AUGCGGUUAACAAUGUCUGUCUCCUUUGCAGCUACAUGUUUCAAUGGGUCACAGUUUCGUCCAUUGAUACGCUUGUUAGAAGCUAUGCCAAAGGAACUUGGUGCUAGCCUGCAUGAUAUGCUUAAUGUGAUCACAGACUUGAAAUUGUUAGUUUAUUAUGUUGAUAGAUCGGGGAUGGACCAGGGAUGGGUCGGAGAUGGUUCAGGGAAAAACCAAAAUCUAAAAGGGAUUGGAUUUGAUUCCCCGGAUCCGUCAGGGAGCCCCAUUUCUAUCCCUACCCAUGAUAUACUAACAUUCCAAGCUUCCACGAUAUCUUCAUAA